CUGAACAACGCCACUGCUGAAACCUGGCUAGCGAUCGGCUCACUAGCUGAGUCCCUCGGUGAUGCUGACCGUGCUGCCGCUGCGUACGAUGCCACGUUGAGACACUCUCCAAACUCUGCACCAGCUUUGACGUCGUUGGCCAACUUGUACCGUUCAAGGGAUAUGUUUGCUAAGGCUGCGGAGCUCUACCAAAGAGCGUUGACUGCAAAGCCAGAUGCCGGUGAAACGUGGGGCCUGUUGGGUCACUGCUAUUUGAUGCUUGACGAUUUACAACGGGCGUAUGCCGCCUAUCAGCAGGCGCUGUAUCACCUGAACAACCCAAACGUUCCGAAGUUGUGGCAUGGGAUUGGUAUCCUCUACGAUCGUUAUGGCUCCUUGGAAUAUGCCGAGGAGGCGUUCAGAAGAGUGUUGGAGUUGGAUGCAAACUUUGACAAGGCAUCCGAGAUCUACUUCAGACUUGGUAUCAUUUACAAGCACGAGGGCAAACUGACCCAGGCGUUGGAAUGCUUCAGAUACAUCUUGCCAAACCCUCCUGCUCCGCUAACACAGCCUGACGUGUGGUUCCAGAUUGGAGCUGUUUUGGAACAGCAGAGGGACUACAACGGUGCCAAGGAUGCAUAUCAAAAGGUGCUACAGUCCAAUCCUAAACACGCUAAAGUGUUGCAACAGUUGGGAUGCCUGUACUCACAACAGGGUUCGAGUUUCCAAGAUCCAGAGGUUGCGUUGAGACUGUUGACACAGUCCUUGGAGAUUGACUCCAGCGAUGCUCACACCUGGUACCAUUUGGGUAGGGUUCACAUGUCCAGAGGUGAUUAUACCUCGGCGUACGAUGCAUUCCAGCAAGCUGUUAACAGAGAUGCUAGAAACCCAACUUUCUGGUGCUCCAUUGGUGUGUUGUACUACCAGAUCUCCCAGUACAGAGAUGCGCUUGAUGCUUAUACUCGUGCGAUCAGAUUGAAUCCGUACAUCUCUGAGGUUUGGUAUGACUUGGGUACUCUUUAUGAGACUUGUAAUAACCAAAUAACAGAUGCGUUGGAUGCAUAUAAACAGGCUGCUACUUUGGAUCCAAGUAAUCCCCACAUUCAAGCUCGUCUUGAGCAGUUACAGAAGUUCCAAAAGGAGGGUGGUGUUAACGGUCAACUUCCACCACCACCACCUUCGCAACAGCCUCGUUUACCACAACAGAUGCUUUCCCAGCAGAGUCAACCACCUCAACAGCAGCAACAGCAACCUCAUUUGCAACAGUUACAGAUGAACCCACAAAUUGCUGUUACACCACAUCAACCACAGUUGCAGCUACAACCACCUCAACAACAGCCAUAUCAACCAGCUCCAAUUAGCCAACCACCACCACAACCACCACAACCACUUCAGCAGCAGCAGCCACAACAUGAAGUUAAGUCGUUGGCUCCAAUUCCUGUCCAAACACCUGUUGUUGUCUCGGAACCUGCCAGAACCCAUCCUCCAGCUGUAUCUGUUGAACAGACGUCACCACAGAUUACCACACCAACUGUUCCUGUUGAACAGGCUCCAGUUCAAACUUCUGUACCUGAUGUCCCUGUUCAAGUUGAAGAAAAAUCAUCCACACCUGCUGAGACUACUGCACCUGUUCCUUCAAUUGUUCCUAACACCACUGCUACAGGCGAUGCCAAUUCAGCAGUUACUUCUACUGCUGCAACCACGACUACUGCUCCAGUAGAACAAGAAUCUACUACUGCCGUUUCAACUACGACUAAUGCCGUAGAUGAACAAGUGUCCACCCCUCCUGUACCACAGGAGGCCAACGCCUCUUCCGAAAAGGUUGAUGGUACUGAAUCCGCUUCUAAUGCUUCCGCUGCUAAUACUACUGCACCAAUUGUGGAGUCUAACAAUGCAUCAGAUCCUAAGGAGUCAGCUGUUGAAGAGCAAGAGGAUAAUGAAAGAGCUGAGGAGACAGUGGAGAAACCUGAAGUUAGAAAGAUUGAAGAGGAUGAGGACUAUGAUGACGAC